AUGAUGAAGAAUCCGUGCUCAUCUGGACUAUGCAACGACGAUUCUGACAUCCGAUUUCAGGAGCAUCUAAUCCCUCUAACAGAUGAAAUCAUAUUAACAAAGUGGAUCCAAAGUAGCAGAAUGAGCAUUACAAGAAUUCCAUCACGCUAUGUGAUUGUGAUACUAACCUUCAUGUGUACAUGUGUAUGCUACAUAGAACGCGUAGGGUUUUCCAUCGCAUACACAGUUGCUGCAGAUAAUGAAGGAGUAUCUCAAUCAAGUAAAGGCACUAUCCUUUCAACAUUCUAUUACGGGUACGCUUUAUCACAAAUCCCGGGCGGCUGGGCAGCUCAAAAAAUAGGGGGCAGGCGUGUACUCCUUCUCUCUUUCAUACUAUGGUCUUUAACUUCUGCUUUAGUUCCACUUGACCCAAACCGAGUCAUAACCUUAGUAAUAGCUCGAUUACUUGUGGGUAUAGCACAAGGCUUCAUUUUUCCAUCAAUCCACACGGUUUUAGCUCAGUGGGUCCCACCACACGAACGAUCAAGAUCCGUUUCUUUGACCACAUCUGGAAUGUACUUAGGAGCAGCCAUGGGUAUGCUUUUGUUGCCAAGUCUUGUAAAAUUCAAAGGCCCACAAUCCGUGUUUCUAUUUGAAUCAUGUUUAGGUGGGAUUUGGUGUAUUUUAUGGUUUAAAUUCGCGAGUGAUCCACCUCGAUCGAAUCACCCGAAAGCUGCAGCUUCCGGUUUUGGCGAAUCAUUACUCCCGGUCAAAGAUGGUCAAAGGACUAAAAACGAAAAAGUUAGUAAAAUCAAAAUCCCAUGGGGGAAAAUCUUCUUGAGCUUACCCGUAUGGGCAAUUGUUGUGAACAAUUUCACGUUUCAUUACGCUUUAUAUGUGCUCAUGAAUUGGCUACCUACUUACUUUGAAUUAGGAUUAAAGUCGAGUCUUCAAGAAAUGGGGUCUUCGAAAAUGAUGCCUUAUUUGAACAUGUUUUUGUUUUCGAAUAUUGGUGGGGUGAUUGCUGACCAUGUGAUAACUAAAAAGAUAAUGUCUGUUACAAAAGCAAGAAAGGUGUUGAAUAGUGUGGGAUUUGUGGUGGCUUCUGUUGCAUUGAUUGGGAUUCCUUAUUUUAAGACAGUUGAUGGGGUGGUGGUGUGUAGCUCUUUGGCUUUGGGAUUUUUGGCAUUAGGGAGAGCGGGAUUUGCUGUGAAUCAUAUGGAUAUUGCUCCAAGGUAUGCUGGGAUUGUGAUGGGGGUUUCUAAUACUGCUGGGACUUUGGCUGGGAUUAUUGGGGUUGGGUUGACUGGUCAACUUCUUGAAACUGCUAAAAUUAUGGAUUCGGAUCUUUCGAAUCCGGAUAGCUGGAAACCCGUGUUUUUUAUUCCGGGAUUGUUGUGUGUUUUGAGUUCGGUUGUGUUUUUGUUGUUUUCAACCGGGGAGAGGAUAUUUGAUUGAGGCUAAUAUAAAAGAAGGAUUUUGACCCACAUUGGUGGUGUAAAAGGAUGGAAUUUGCUCUACGCCUAUAAAAGGAGUCCAAGGAUUUGGUGUCGGUGUUUCCCAAUCAAAUAUAUUUUAAGUAUUUGAUUCUCUCUUUUUUCCCUUAUCUUGUUUAGAAUGUAAAAAUGUGUGAGUCAAAACUUUGGAGAGUGUGGGUG